AUGGUACUGUAGAUCCAAGUAAAGAGACAGUAACGUUGCUCCAAGUGGAGAUAUACUAUUGUAAAGCAAACUCAAAUGCCUGGGGCGGCAGGGGGUGCCAUGCUGCCACUGUUGCUCAGCCGGGGUGGGAUGGCAGGGGAAGGUGUACUCCCGCUAAUGCUGAUGUCCAUGCUCAACCAGAACCAAGGUGGGGGCGCCGGAGGAGCAGCGGGCGGCAGCAUGUUGCCACUAAUGAUGAUGCUAAGGAGCGGCGGAGCUACUGA